GAUGGCGGCAGGCGAUAGCGCGGCGGCGGCUGAGGGCAGCGCGGGGCCGGGGCCGGUGUCGUUCGCCUUCAGCCGCAGAGCGGAGCGGCGGCGGCCGCUGCCCGCGGGGCCCUGCGCGGAGCCCGGCGCCAGCGGCGACGCCGACAGCGACACCGACUUCCUGACGGCGGUGGAGGACCGGGAGCUGCUCAGUACGCGGCCGGCCCCGCCCCCCAAGAAGGAGCUGGUGAUCCCGCUGAUCCCCGCGCACCGCUGGAGGAACCCUGAGCCGCCCCGCGCCGGCAGCGGCCCCGCCCCCAGCGCAGACCCCGCCCCCAGCGCAGACCCCUCCCCCAACGCAGACCCCGCCCCCGGUGCGGACCCCUCCUCGGUGGAGGCGCAGGCGGUGCAGGAGCUGCUGCAGGAGGCGCGGCAGAGCCGGGAGCAGCCCGAGGGCGAGCAGGGAGCGCCCAUGGCCAUCGCCUUGCAGCUGCCUGAGAGAGACGUGGCCACGGGGGCACAGCCGACACCCCAGGACUACGAGGCCGUGCCCGUGGGGCAGUUCGGGCUGGCCAUGCUGCGGGGGAUGGGCUGGAGCCAGGGCCAGGGCAUCGGCCGCACCUUCCCCAGGGUGGUGCCCCCACUGGAGCAGAGGCCCCGCCCCCGGGGUUUGGGGCUGGGGGCUGAGGCUGUCCCCCCUGGCACCCCCCGAGCGGGGGAGGGACAGGGGGACCCUCCCCAGGGCCCGGGGCUGGGAGAGAGCGUCAGCAUCCAGAGCGGCCCCCACCGGGGGGUGACAGGACAGGUGGAGGCGCUGGAGCCCGAGCUGGGCCGGGCGCUGGUGCGGCUGGCGCUGGGGGGGCAGGUGGUGACGGUGCCGCUGCAUGGGCUGCGCGCGCUGAGCAGUGCCCCGGGCCGCCCCCCCCAGCAGGAGGAGGGGGUGCAGGGUGAAGCCCCCCCGCGGGGGGGGGGAGCAAGAGGAGGGAGCGACCCGAGAGCCCCAGGUGAGGGGGGUUACAGGGGUUACUGGGAGGUAAUUGGGGUUACUGGGAGGGUAACUGGGGUUAAUGGGAGCCGUGUGAAGCAGGCUCGCUGCGCCCCCCACUGGCUGCGGAGGGAUCUGCGCGUGCGCUGCGUGGACAGAGCAUUCCUGGGGGGGGGGGGCUUCUACAACUGCAAGAUGCAGAUCGAGGACCUGCUGGCCCCCGACACCUGCGUGUGCCGCACAGACGAUGGGCGCCUGGUGGAGGGGCUGCGUGAGGCGUCUCUGGAGACGGUGGUGCCGCGGGGCGGCUGCGAGCGCGUCAUGGUGGUGCUGGGGGAGCACACGGGGCAGGUGGGGCGGAUCCUGGAGCGGGACCCGGAGCGCGGGCGGGCGCUGGUGCAGCUGGGCCGGGCCGCGGCCCCGCAGGUGCUGUCGCUGCCCUACGACUCCAUCUGCCAUUACCUGGGGGGGGGCGACGACGACUGAGAGAGACCCCCGGGAACACCUCCCCGGCCCCCUGCCAGCUCCCAGGAUGGCAGCCGCGGCUUCAGCGCAAUAAAGGCUGGGAGGACGAGCA